AAAUUAUCAAAUAUAAAAAAAAAAAGAUUAAAUAAUAUUCUUCAAGUAUGUGUGUUUGUAAAAGUCAGAUAUAUAUUAGAUACAUAUGAAAGGGAAAAAAAAAAUAUAGUUUAUAAAUUUAUUGGAGUAUUAGAAAUUUACACACACAUUGUUUUGCUAGACAUGCUGAGUGUACUUACAAAUACACAUACUCAAUGUGUUGAGAAAAUCGCGCAUGCAAGUUGCAGUUACGAGAAAGUUUUCUAUUAAUUCUCAAAUAGUAGUAUUGUAUUAACAUUUAUUUACAAUAGAAAAAAAAAAAAAUCUACUAUUAAUUGUGUUGUUUAUUAAAAAGACAAAAGUAAAUAUUAUUUUUAAAUACUCAAAAAAAUUGUUAAUGUAAUUAAUGGAUUAUUUGUUUGUCAAUAAUUAAUAUCAGUAGAAAUUUUUAUUUUAUUUUCAUUAAAAAUUAUUAAUAAUAUUAAUUAUAAUUUGAUAAAAUAAAUGUAUUGAUUUAAAGAUGACAAGUAUAGAUAAUUUUAAUGAGUGGCAAAUAGAAAAAUAGUUGAUAAAAUAUUUUUAUUUGAGAAUUGGUGGAGAGAAAUAUUUCGCUGUAUUUCUAUUGCGCACGCCUUGUAUUACGCAGAUAAUACAUCUGUUAUUGAGUACUGUGAUUGAAGGCUAUAUUAUGGCUAGUUAUACUACAAUGGAAUCCUCAAGACAAUCAGAUGAAAAUAUUGAUGAUGAUAGUGAUAACAAGGAUGAUACAAAAAGAAAAUCUCGUAAUCUCAGUGAGAAAAAAAGACGAGAUCAAUUUAACAUGUUGCUAAAUCAAUUGGGAAGUAUGAUCAACACAAAUACAAGAAAAAUGGAUAAAUCAUCAAUUCUUCAAUCAACAAUUGUAUAUAUAAAAAAUCACAGUGCAUUAGCAAAUGAAUCAAAAGUUCAUGAAAUUCAAGAUGAUUGGAAACCAUCAUUUUUAUCAAACGAAGAAUUUAGCUAUCUGAUACUUGAGGCAGUUGAAGGUUUUAUAAUAGUAUUGUCAUCAAAUGGAGAAAUUAAUUAUGCAUCAGAGAGUGCUGGAUCAUUGCUUGGCUAUCCACCAGGUGAUCUUGAAAAUUUAACAAUAUAUGAAAUAACAUAUCAAGAUGAUCAAUCAAGCUUAUACAAUAUAUUAUUAAAUCCAACAAAUGGAUAUAAUCAAAAUAUGGAAAAUAAUAAUGAUCAAGUAUCAUUUAAAUGUCACAUUAAACGUGGUAAUUUAGAUCCAAAUGAAGAAACAAUAUAUGAGUGUGUAAAUUUCGUUGGUUUUUUUCGUCAAGAUAAUGAUGUAAAUAAAAAUUCAUCAACAAAUGAUAAUAAAAUGUUAUUCAUUGGUACUGGACGUAUUGAUAAACCACAAUUAAUACGUGAUAUGACAAUAUUUGAUUGUAAAAAAUUAGAAUUUAUUUCACGUCAUAGUAUGGAUUGGAAAUUUUUAUUUCUUGAUCAACGUGCAACACCAAUUAUUGGCUAUUCAUUACUCGAAGUACUUGGUACAUUAGGCUAUGAUUAUUAUCAUAUUGAUGAUAUUGAUAAAAUUGCUAAUUGUCAUAAAUUAUUAUUGGAAAAAGGUGAAUGUAUAUCACCAUAUUAUCGUUUUUUAACAAAAGGACAACAAUGGAUAUGGCUUAAGACAAGAUUUUUCAUUGUUUAUAAUCAAUGGAAUUCAAAACCAGAAUUUAUCAAUAGCACACAUUGCGUUAUUAAUUAUUCAGAUAUUAUUAAACAAAAAUUAGAUAAUACUAAAUCUCAAAAUUUACCUAAUGAAACAAAUAAUAAUUCUAAUAAUAUAUUAUGUAAAAAAAUUAAUAAUAAUACUCAAGAUAAUAAAAAUAAAACAAAAAUUAUUUAUCAUAAUAAUAACAAUGAUUCUGAUACAUCAUUUAGUUCACAACAAUCACAACAAUCAUUAUCAACAAAUCAAAGUUCAAAAGUAUCAUCAUUAACAUCAAAAAAAAUAUAUAAUUCACCAUCAGAAAUUGCUGUGCAUCAUAGAAAUCAACAAAAUGAUAAUGCAUCAUGUUAUUCAUUAUGUAAUGAUGAAAUACAAUUACAUGAUACAAAUAAAAGUUUUAUAACACCAUCAGUAUUAACAAAAAAAAAAUUAAAUAUACAAAAUUCAAUGAUAAUUAAUCAACAAAAUAUUGUCAUGACAAAUACACAAAGUAAUAUACAAAAUGAGUUACAAAAAAAACAUGAAGAGUUACAACAAUUAAUUGUCAAUCAACAAGAAGAAUUAAGAAGAGUAUCUGAACAAUUGUCGAUUGUUAAAUAUGGUAUUGUUUCGCCACUUAUUAAUGUUAAUGUUAAUUACAAUAAUAAUUUAUGCCAAAUGAGAAAUUGUAAUGAUGAUAAUGCAAAUAAUAGUGAAACAAUCAUACAGGAUAUAUCUGAUAUUGGUAAAUUAAAUACAUCGACAACAACAACAUCAUCAAUGUCACUUGUACCUGUUGAAACAUUUAAUCAAAUAAAUUCAACAGCAAUUAUAUCAUCAACUGGUAUUGAUAGUAAUCAUCAAAUUAAUUCUGAUGUGUUAUUUUCAUCUGGAGGAGAACCAACGUUUCUACAACAACAACAACAAGCAAUGAUUGGCCAUGAGCAACAUCAAUUGCUACAUGGGCAACAACAAACUGGAGAUAUUCAUCAACAAUCUAGCCAUAUGAUGUCAUUUGAAAUUUAUCAAGAACCAAUCAUGCUUUAUGAUCAUUCAGUUGAUUCAUCAAUCAAUCAACAAUAAUUAAUAUUUCAAGCUUUUUUUAGUUUAUAUAUUUAUGUGCCAUUUAAUUUUUUUCUAUAUGUAGCUUAGUCAAAUUAAUUAGAGGAUUGUUUAAGACAAAUGUUUGAUAUCUAAAAUUAGUAUUCAUAUAAAUUGUUGUUGUUUUUUUUUUAUAUGAAAAAAGUGUUUGAAACAUUUUAGUAAUUUUAUCAAAUUGUUGUUAUAUGAAUUAAUUGUGGAUUUUAUUUUUAUUUUUUGUAUAAAUCAAUAUCAUCCGAGAGAAGAUAUAUUUUUAUUAGCUAUUAAUUUAUAGUCCAAUGAUUUUUAUAGUAUCAUUAAAAUGAUAAUGAAUUAAAUUUUUUUGUUAUUGGAAAAUAAUUUUUGCUUUUUAUGAUGAUAAUACAGUAAAAAAAAAAAUUGAUAUAUUUGUAAUUUUAAAUUAUAAAAAUUUAAUGUUUUAACUUAUUUUUUUACUGAAAAAAAAUUUUUUUUUAAUUUAAAAAAAUUAUAUAUUAAUAAAUGUAUUGUUGGACAAUUUAAUUACAAAAUAAUUGAACUAAAUUUUCAAAAUUUAUUACGAAAAAAAAAUUAAAAAUUAAUAACUGUUAAUUAAAAAUUAAAUACAAAUAUUUUUUUAAUAAAUCAAUUACAUAUAAUUAUUCGACAUGAUUAUUAUAAUAAAAAAUAAAAAAAAACAUUAUAAAUGUUAUACGUAUGUAAAUUAAUAACAAUAAUAAACAAUGGAAAAAAAAA